UUGUCAUCAAAUGCAUUUUUAUUUGGUGUCUUUGACGGACAUGGUGGCCAAUCGUGUAGCAGGCACGUGUCAGUCUCAUUAUUUCCGUAUAUCUGUGCAUCAGUUUUACAAAAGCAUGAGGUGAAGUCUCUUCCUCCAGACGGUCGCCUUGAAUGGCUUUUCAGUAGCGCUGAUGUUCAUUUGCCAAAUUUGUUUAUAGAUUCUGAGAAGGAGCAAGUUAUUGACUACUACAAGGCUUUCAUCGAAAACAAGGAUCUUCAUACAGUCCGUGAUGCUCUCAAAUUUGCUUUUGAAACUUGCGAUGAAAACCUAUGCAAAGCGGCCCUACCAAAUAAUAGAGGACAAAUCGAUAGUUUACACAAGGGGAGAAAUGCCUCGCAGCGAAGAGCGGCGAAAAAGUAA